CAACCUUAUUACUUUUAGCGGGUAAACCUGCAGUUGAGGUUUGCUUGCUAUUUGUCACCUCGCCUCUCAUCAGUCCUUUGAAACAUAUCUGUUAUUGCGCUAGGGGGCCCAACUUAUUCCAGCUAAAAUGGCAAAAGUGCAACUUUGCAACAUAACAGUUAUGGAUAACCCCAGCCCCUUCUUAAACCCAUUCCAGUUCGAAAUCACAUUCGAGUGCAUCGAAGAACUGAAAGAGGAUUUGGAAUGGAAGAUGAUCUACGUCGGAUCGGCCGAAAGUGAAGAGUACGAUCAGAUCUUGGAUUCGGUGUACGUGGGUCCCGUUCCCGAAGGAAAACACAUGUUCGUCUUUCAGGCGGACCCUCCCGAUGUCACGAGGAUCCCGGAGAACGACGCGAUCGGAGUCACCGUAGUCUUACUUACUUGUUCGUACCGAACGCAGGAAUUUAUCAGAGUAGGCUAUUUUAUCAAUAACGAAUAUAGCGAUUUAGAACUUAGAGAAAACGCCCCGAGUCCUCCGCAGUUCGAUAAGGUUAUUCGAAAUAUACUCGCAUCCGAGCCGAGGGUCACCCGGUUUAAGAUCAACUGGGAGGAAUCGACGACGCAAGACGGUGCCACUAACUCCGAAGCGGGGUCUUCGUAUACCGUCGAUAAUCCUCCCGUGCAAAUACCGAUACUGAAUGAGAAUUCCGACUCGUUAGCCACCAUGGAAUGUUCCUAAUUUAUGGUCUUUCAAUUAAAUUAAGUGCCUUUUAUAUUAUUAUGUGUAUAUUAGAAUGAAAUAAAUUUAAAAUUACCGAA